ACCAGCCUUAACAAACAAAACAUACAAAGAAGCCAACAAGAUUUCUUGGUCAUAUAAAUUGCCCAAAUAUCACAGAAUAUUUCAUCUCAAACGGUCAGCUUAAUACAUCUUUUUUCCGUCCUGUCCAUUGAAUUUUCUGCCAUCAACUUUAGUGCAGACAGGAAGUUUUUCGGCUCGAGCAAUAUUCAAAACACUUAAAAAUGUUCUUUCCUCAUUGGGUGAAUUUUCCGGAUUGAAAAUUGCUGCGGGCGGGCCAAUUUAACCAAAACCCACUUGGUUCUGAGUAAUUUCGAGGUUCUGAGGUUUUCUUCGGUUUUGCAGUAUUUGGGUUUUCCUGGGUUCUGCUGAGGAUUUCUUUUACGAUUGCUAAGCAGCAUUGCCUUACGUUCAGGCAUCACUAAUGGCAAGUGCAGGGACAAGCACCGGUACAACGACAAGCACGGAUGAUGGUCUUUUAAUUCGUGAGGUAUGGGCAGCCAAUCUGGAAGAAGAAUUCACGUUAAUUAGUGAAUUCGUAGAUGAUUAUCCAUACUUAGCCGUGGGCACAGAGUUUCCUGGGGUUGUUUUUAACCCUGUGGGCAGUUUCCAGAGUGAUGCAGAAUACAAGUACGCCGAGCUCAGAGACAAUGUGAAUCUAUUUAAAUUAAUUCAAUUGGGUUUCACAUUUUCCGAUAAGAAUGGCAACUUGCCCAAAUGUGGAACUAAUCAGGAAUGCGUCUGGCAGUUGAAUUUCAGGGAGUUCAAUAGCCAUAUUAAUAAGCAUAAUAUUUUUUCGAUCGAGAUGCUUAAGAAGUGUGGUAUUGAUUUUCAGAGGAAUGAGCAAUUUGGUAUUGAUUCCAAAGUUUUUAGGGAUCUUUUCAUGUCCUCUCGGGUGGUGCUAAAUGAGAAUGUGCUGUGGAUUAGCUUUCAAGGGAGAUAUGAUUUUGGGUACCUGAUAAAAUUGCUCACGAACCAAGAUCUGCCGAAAGAUCAAGCUGAAUUUUUCAAGCUAUUUUGGACCUAUUUCCCUAAAUCGUAUGAUAUCAAGAAUUUGUUAAAACUUUGUAGUAAAGAGCUCCUUGGUGGAUUGGACACGCUUGCAAACAAACUCAAGGUGGAAAGGGUUGGAACUAAGCAUCAAGCUGGCUCUGAUAGCUUGCUUAAUUAACGUGUCUUUUGGAAGCUGCAACAGGGUUUUAUUAAUGGAUCUAUUGAGCCUCUUUCUGGUCUUUUGUACGAUUUGGGUAUUGAGCAAUGAGAAUGGAACCCCUAGUACAUGAUUGCCCCUCUUUGUGUACUACAAUGUCUUUUGUAUAGAGUCUUCUUUCAUGCCAUCUAUUUUUUCUCAUAAUACCAAAAUACUUCAAUUCUUUAAAUUGUUUUUCCACCGAAACAGAGUGUGCUAUUUUCUUGCCAUUGACAAUGCAUUGUUGAUUUAGUAUCUGCAGUUGCAGUGCAUAGUGUUAUGUAAUUCCUCCAUUUUCUCUCUGUUAAGAGGUGGGCUACUCUGGUGGAACAAAUAUAACUCUUACAAGAAAAAGAUGAGAAAAUGUCUACAUAUAUACAAAGGUUAAUUUUAAAUAUUUUGCUGCAGAAGAACAUGCAUGGAUUUCUUUUAGAGAUUUAAGGCAUGUA